AUGGAUGGAAGGAAUGACGUUGCUAUAGCUACUGCUUUGGAAGCAAUGGCUCAGGCUUUGGAGAAUCAAUCGAAUGGUGGUGAGAAUGUUGCUUCUCGCAGUUUGGCUACCUUCCAAAGAGAGAACCCUCGUGUGUUUAAGGGGACUCAUGAUCCUGAUGGCGCAUUGACAUGGCUAAAGGAGAUAGAGAGAAUCUUCUAUAUUAAGAAGGCAAUUAGUUACCAGAAGAUUCGUAUCUUUGCUGAUUUGGUCGAUUGUUGUCGAAUUUAUGAGGAAGACAACAAUGCUCAUUACCGUAUUAUUAAUGAGAAGAGGGGCAAGAGUCAACAAGGCCGUGGCAAGCCUUAUGAAGCUCUGAGUGACAAUGGUAAGAAGAAAGCUAAUGAGGGCAAGAGAUCUAGUGGGGGAGACGCUCCUGCUGGUAUUGUGUGCUUCAAGUGUGGCAAGGUUGGUCACAAGAGCACCGUGUGUACUGCUGGUACCAAGAGAUGUUUCCGUUGUGGUAAGAUUGGACAUGAGGCGUCUGAAUGCAAGCAUAAUGGGAUGGUUUGUUUUAACUAUGGGGAAGAAGGACAUAUUGGAAGCAAGUGUCAGAAACCCAAGAAGGAGAAAUCUAGUGGAAAGGUAUUGGGUCUUGUGUUGUCUGCUAUGGACGGAGAGAUGGUCAUCGAUACUCCGGCUAAGGGUUCAGUGACCACUUCUCUUGUGUGUUUAAAGUGUCCCGUGUCGAUUUUCGACAAAGACUUUCUUAUUUAUUCCAAGGAGGUGUUGAGUUGUUGUCGGCGAAACAGAUGCGUGUUGAUGAAAAAAGAUGUUCAGGUGUUUGCUUUUGUUGCUUUUAUGUCUGUCGAGAAUCAAGCGAUCAUUGAAGAGUUGAAGGUGAUGUGUAAAUUUCCUGAAUUUUUCCCUGGUGAAAUUCCCGAUGUACCGCCUGAGAGAGAAGUGGAGUUCUCUAUUGAUCUUGUACAUAGUACUAUACCUGUGUCUAUGGCACCGUAUAGGAUGUCUGCAUCAGAGUUAUCGGAAUUGAAGGAGCAAUUGUAA